CUGAGAGGUGAAAUGGCGCAGAAAGGAGUGCAGCUGGACCGGGAAGCUUUCUCUUGUUCGAUCUGUCUGGAUCUGCUGAAGGAUCCUGUGGCUAUUCCCUGUGGACACAGCUACUGCAUGAACUGUAUUAAAUGUUUCUGGGAUGAAGAGGAUGAGAAGAAAAUCCACAGCUGCCCUCAGUGCCGACAGACUUUCAGCCCGAGGCCUGUACUGGUGAAAAACACAAUGUUAGCAUUUUUAGUGGAGGAACUGAAGAAGACUGGACUCCAGGCUGCUCCUGUUUAUCACCGCUACGCUGGACCUGAAGAUGUGGCCUGUGAUGUCUGUACUGGGAGAAAACUGAAAGCCCUCAAGUCCUGUCUGGUGUGUCUGAUCUCUUACUGUGAGAAACAUCUCCAGCCUCAUCAUGAAUCCUCUGCCUUUGAAAAACACAAGCUGGUGGAGCCCUCCAGGAAGCUCUGGGAGAACAUCUGCACUCGUCAUGAUGAGGUGAUGAAGAUGUUCUGCCGUACUGAUCAGCAGUGUAUUUGUUAUCUCUGCUCUGUGGAUGAACAUAAAGGCCACGACAUAGUCUCAGCUGCAGCAGAAAGGACUGAGAGGCAGAGAGAGCUGGAGGUGAGUCGACAAAACAUCCAGCAGAGAAUCCAGGACAGAGAGAAAGAAGUGAAGGUGCUUCAACAGGAGGUGGAGGCUAUCAAUCGCUCUGCUGAUAAAGCAGUGGAGGACAGUGAGAGGAUGUUCACUGAGCUGAUCCAACUCAUCAAGAAAAGAAUCUCAGAUGUGAAGCAGCAGGUCAGAUCUCAGGAGGAAUCUGAAGUGAGUCGAGUCAAAGAGCUUCAGGAGAAGGUGGCGCAGGAAAUCACUGAGCUGAAGAGGAAAGAUGCUGAGCUGAAGGAGCUCUCACACACAGAGGAUCACAAACAGUUUCUACACAGCUACCUCUCACAGUCACAACUCGUUGAGUCUACAGACUCAUCCAGCAUCAAUAUCCGUCCUCUGUGGUACUUUGGGGAUGUGACAGCGGCUGUGUCAGAGGUCACAGAUAAAAUACAGGACGUUCUGAGAGAGAAGUGGACAGACAUUUUACAGACAGUGACUGAAGUGGAUGUUUUACUGUCGAAUUCUCAAUCAGAGCCAAAGACCAGAGUUGGGUUCUUAAAAUAUUCACAUGAAAUCACACUGGAUCCAAACACAGCAAACCCAAAGUUGUUAUUAUCUGAGGGGAACAGAAAAGCAACAUUAAUAAGCAAAAAACAGCCUUAUUCUUCUCACCCAGACAGAUUCAUUAGUUUGUGGCAGGUCCUCAGCAGAGAGAGUCUGACUGGACGUUGUUACUGGGAGGUGGAGUGGAGAGGUGAAGACGUUUUUGUAGCAGUUGCCUACAAGAACAUCAGCAGAACAGGGGGUGAAGGUGGAUUUGGAUUCAAUAACAAAUCUUGGGCAUUACGUUGUGACAAAAACGAUUUCACUUUUAUUUACGAUGGUGUCAAAACUCCCAUCUCAGCUCCUCAGUCCUCUAGAGUAGGAGUGUACCUGGAUCACAGUGCAGGUAUUCUGUCCUUCUACAGUAUCUCUGACACCAUGACUCUCCUCCACAGAGUCCAGACCACAUUCACUCAGCCUCUCUAUGCUGGACUUCGGCCUUACUCCUACGAAACCACUGCUGAGUUCUGUAAACUCAAAUAGGUAGAUGUCACUGUAUUACCCUGUUUAUAGCUUGGAGUUGAUUGCUAUGGCAUUUUUUCACUGCACAGAGAUCAGCUGUCAAUCAACCAUCACACAAUCACGAACAAAUUCUGCUACAGAGCUCAAUGGCUAAAAAAGAUCUUACUGAUAUUACAAGUAAGUUUCGAUCUCACUCCCUCUUGAGUCUAGUUGUUUGUUUGCUUUCCUCACUUCCUGAGCUGAAAACCAAACCGAGCGAUUUUAUUCACUGAAGGGCUUUUACACCUCCGACCCAGAUUUUAUAUGCUGAAUCAUACCGGAAAAGCCAAUAAGGCCCAACUAGUGCCAACUAGUGGGGGACACACUGCAAAAACUAGGGUGACAGAUGCUCACGACGGCCUGACAUUGACAGCUGACAGUCGGCUUAAUGUGUCUGGGCUCUUAAUGUUUGAGUUUCUUUAAGUGGCGCUGCUUUCUAUGUCUGUUUGGCAAUGGAGGCUAUCACUGCUCAUGAUGAUGUUUGUUUACCUGUACUCUAAAUGUUUGUUGAAUAUUUGUGUUAUUGUAUUUGUAUGUUGUUUCUUUUCCACUGCAUCAGUCUGAAGACAAAAAGCACCAGACCCUCCAUUAUUGUCGAUAUUUUGUUCUCUUUUUGUACAUUUUUAAAGAAAUCUAUAAUCACAUUUACAUUUAUUUGCCUGGCAGACCAAAUGUUGUUGUUAUUAUUAUUAUUAUUAUUAUUAUAAAACAGUAAUUAUUAUGAUCACGAUCAAUAAGCAGAUUAUUUUUUUAUACAUCAUUGAGAUUCUGGUCAAACAAACUGAUUGUGUGGAUGAAAUGAAACUGAACAUAAAUCACCAAAGAAGAAUCAUUUACUAGACUUUACUGAUGGGAUGUGUGAACUAACUGAGUGUUUACAUGAUGAAUAAACAAACAUGAGCGAAG